AUGCUUAUAAUCUUUGCAGUUACAUUGUUUGGUCUAACGCUGCUGGUGGCUUAUCUCCGACCCUCCAAUGGGCUACCGAAAAUCCCCCUCUUUGGUCUCGAAAUUGGAAACAAGGCUGCGAGAGAGUAUGAAUACUUGAACAAUGCGCGAAACAUUUAUCGCGAAGCCUACCAAAAAUUUCGCGACAGCGCCUAUCGUGUCACCACAACUGAGGGCGAACAAGUGGUGCUUCCACAUCGUUUGCUCGAGGAACUGCGUUCGAAGUCAGAUGAGUAUUUGAGUGGCCGCAAAGCUCUUGGGAUCCUUUUGGAAAAGAAGCACUCGGGACUCCCAUCCGAGUCAGAUCUGCUCGAUCACAUUGUCCGCGCGGAUCUCACCCCAGGACUGACGAGGAUUAACAACAAGCUUUCUAAGGAGAUCGAAGACGCGGUCGCGACAGAGAUACCGUGCUGCGACGACUGGAUCGCUGUAAAUAUCAACCAAAAACUCCUACGGAUUGUUGCCAUUGCAUCCGGUAUCAACUAUACUGUAGACCUGUUUGUGGCCAUCCGAGCGCUCAAGAAGUGGCCAAAGCCUAUUCGUUGGAUUGGAGCAUAUUUCACUCCGAGUUUGAAAUUGAUCCAGGAGCACCGGAAAAAGGCAAUUGAGUUCCUCGGUCCAGUCAUACAGAGGAGAAAAGAGGUCAUGGCUGGUGGAGGAAAGAUACCAGACGACGUCUUGCAAUGGACUAUAAACAAGGCAGCAAAAUUCAAUCGUGACACUACAGAAGACAUCGCGUACACGCAAUUAACUCUAAGCCUGGCUGCUAUACAUUCGACAAGUUCGGCGCUGACUGGCAUCAUAUACGAUCUUGUUGCCAUGCCUGAUAUCCAUGAUGCGCUCCGAGACGAAAUUCAAGCCGCCCUGGAAGCAAAUGGUGGCGUACUGAGCCCACAGGCUCUCUACUCAAUGAAAUUGAUGGACAGUUUCAUAAAAGAAUCGAUGCGAUUAAACCCCGCCAGUUUUGGUAGGUCAGUUGGUUAUCCUUUUGUGAUGUCUGACGGCACUCAUCUUCCAUCUAAAACGAUCAUUUCCGUAGCCAACGAAGCUAUCUCCCAGGACCCUUCAAUUUUCCCCAGCCCAGGAACCUUUGACCCCUAUAGAUACUAUAACCAGCGCAAAAUUGGUUCAGAACAUGUGAACCGACAUCAAGCAGUCACUGUGACCAGCACUAGUCUCACCUUUGGGUACGGCAAACACGUCUGUCCCGGCAGAUUUUUUGCUGUUCAUGAGAUGAAGUUAAUACUCGCUAACCUCUUAAUGCAAUUUGAUGUCAAGAUGAAUAAAGAUGAUACAGGCCGUAUUCCCAACAUUGACAUCUCUUACAAUACUAUGCCUGAUGUCACUAAAACUUUGUUAGUUAAGAGGCGAACCUUCUAA